AUGGACGGCGCAGACCGCAAGACAGACCCGACUGCCCAAAUUUGGGUCAGUGAGAAGAGCCUCAACAUCACCAUCAUCUUUUUGACAGUUCUGGGCUCGGUCAUAUUGAUCCCGACAGCGUAUCUUCGAUGGAAGCACAAACGACUCAAAGAGAUUGAGGUGAUCUUCAUCGUCGCGGGCUAUGUCUUCUUCCUCGGGUACGAGAUCCUGUUGCUUCAAAUCCAGAAAAAGGUCUAUCGCCUCAGUUAUGUGGGACUGGGCCAGAUGCCGCCGUACCCCACGAUCUUGCAAGAUCGGAAUGCGGUUGUUGUCAUGACCAUAUCAUCGACGAUAGUUUUCUUCACCGGGCUCUGGUGCAUCAAAUUGUCGUUGCUUUUCUUUAUCCGCCGGCUCAUGAAAGGCCUUCCUGACGAACUUCGCUGGUGGCUUGUGGUCUUGGUUUAUACAAUUGCAACAUGGCUUUUUUGUUUCCUUGUCACUCUUAUGGGAUGUGGGGGCCCCGCCGAGCUCCGCAAGCUCAAACAGCUCAUGAUUCUACCACUACGACUUCUGUGGAAUUUACGCAUCUCUCUUGCACGCAAGAUUGCUGCGUGCGCUUUGUUUUCGGUCGGUAUCUUCUGUAUGAUCACGUCGAUCAUUCGCCUCGUUCAAAUCGGCUCUAAAACCGGUAUCACGAAUCCAAAUGUCCAAUGGGUUUCCCUUUGGAGUACCGUUGAACUCACUACUGGUAUGGUUGAUACUCACUUUGAUCCUGUGAAUUUUCCAGCAGCUGACCGCAUGCCCUCUUUCGCGCUUCCAGCAAUCAUCGUGGGUUGUCUCCCAACAUUCCGACUCCUCCGCAAGACUUCCAAGCAUACGGAUCAGUGCUCUCCGAACACGGGGCUCGAGCGUUCAAAGGGCCCUCUGGACGUCCCUUCAAGCAAGGCACCCAGCUCACAGACCAUUCCCAUGAAAAAAUUCAGCCCUCCAAGGAACAGGCACCUCAGUCACUACGACGACAUCUCUUCAUCCAUGGAAAGCCUCGCUCCCCAAGGCGGAAUUGGGGUGACCAGCUCUCCUUCGCGUGAGGCGUCCACCCACUCGGCCGCAUAA